UAGUAGUCAAACUAAUAUUGAAUUUUUGUGAUUUUUCAGGCUAUUACCAGCCUGCGGGACCUUUGAUCUCGCAUCAUCAUCACCAUUCAACAGCGAGUACCUCAGCAUCAAUUCCUGCUGUGAGUGGUGUCAGCUCGAGCAAAGGAAGCCCUGGGAUCGAACCUCAAAGUAGACCUUCUGAAACUACAGCAGAACCUCAAGAGUACAGAGCUCCUCCUGGAUUCCCUGGAGCCUACCCACCACCACCGUAUUCCUACCAAUAUAUACCCCCAGCUCCUUAUCAAGAUUGUUACAGUGCAGCGUAUUACCAUAAGUACGCUAAUUACAGGCGAUAUUGGGGCGCGCCGCCAGGUCCACCCAGUUCACAGAUGGUGGCUUCGGAUUCAUAUCCCUUAAAUCAAGGGGGACCUCUUGUAGAUCCUUUUCCCCCUCACCCACCACCACCUCCACCUCAUCAUAGUAGUUAUGGAGUUUACACUUACUCAGCUGGACCACCUCCUCCACCUCCAUCCUGUUAUAAUCAUCCGCCGACUAGAGGUAUACCAUUUAUAGAUCCAGCUUUUCAAUGUCCUUGUCCAAUGCAAUCGUGUCCAAAAAACGUCCAUACUGGGCCUCUUACUGGUGCCAGUAAGGGGUCUAGCCAAAACAUUCAGGCACAAACACAGCAAGGAGGUCAGGGAAACCAACAGAACAAUGUAAUCUGCUUAGACCAACAGCAGUUGAACUCCCAAGAAGCUAUUCCUGCCCCUCUGCCACCUGUUGCACUCGCGCUUCCUCUAGAGCCAAGUGGUGCAAAUCUAGGUCCACCGAGUCCUGCUCGAGGCAGUGCAGGCAUGCCACCUCCAGCUUCACCUGCAUUAUCUUCUACUGCAAGAAACCCACCAUCGUGGUCGCCGCCUUCUGGCCACCCUGUUCCUAUAAAAGAAGAGGAUAUUACACCAAAAGAACUACCCACUCCACCUCCGGAACAAACAAUUGUAGAUAUUCCUGUAACAGAAAACUUCCUCCAAAGAAGGAUGAGGCCAAUGAAACGAAAAGCUUCUAUUGAACAUGAAAUUGUAAUGGACCCUAUGAUGCCUAUGGCUCAAGUUUUAGAACAACCGAUGAUGAAAAAACGAAGAGCUGCCUCACCUGUCUUAAUACAUGAAUUAAUGCCACAAAUAAAGAGGCCACUCAAUACAAUAAAAUGUAAAGAAGAAAUACCAAUUGUAAAUGAUAAUAUGAGAGUAACAGAUAGCAUUAUUGAAGAUGUUAAACCUCCUAUUUUAGAUCCACCACUUCUUGAUUUGAAACUUGUCCAAGAAUGCAAAUCCGAAAAGAAAACCAUUCCCCAAGAAAAACCCGCCGUCGAAAAGAAAACACCAAUUCUUGAAAAACCUAAUGAAAUAAAAACACAUUUAGAUUCAAAACCUAAUGUAGAGCCGAAAGUUCAACAUCAAGAAAAGCUGGUGGAAGAAAAGAUUCCUUCACAGGAAAAAAUUCAAGAAAAAAAACAAACAGAAAAACCUCAACUUACAAAAAAGCCUGAACGCAAACCAAGUGUAGAAAAAAAAGUGCUUACAGACAAAAAGAACAACUCAAUUCCAAACAAGGUGGAAAAAAAGUGUAAAAAGAAAGUUUCUCCAAAAAUUAGUAUAGCGCAAAAGCCAGAUACUGGGAUAAAACAGCUAGCAAAAAAGGAAACUCAACCAACAAAAAUAAAACAUUGCAAAUCUGAUAAGAAGAAAGCAAAUAAAAAGACCUGUUUAGCAGUAAAAAAAGAAGUGAGCACUGAAUAUCCAUUAAUCCGAGGACAGCCUACGCUGAAGUGGUCAAAUGGAUGGUCAUGGGAAGGAGAACCUUUCAAAGCCAAAGUCUUCCUAACUAGUGACGAGCCUGUGUCAAGGACGUGUUACCCUGCUAUGAGGCACAUUGAAGGUGAUGUCAUUUGCCCUAGAGACUGCAUCCUUCUGAAAUCAGGUCCAAGAAAACAACAGUUGCCUUUUGUCGCUAAAGUAACUGCUAUGUGGGAAAACCCUGAUGAUGGUGAAAUGGUCGUUUCUCUAUUGUGGUAUUACCGGCCAGAACACACAGAACAAGGUAGACUUCCAAACCACCCUGAGGAUGAAAUUUUUGCAUCUAGGCAUAAAGACACCAACAGUGUAGCUUGUAUAGAAGACAAAUGUUACGUACUAACAUUUAACGAGUACUGUCGCUAUAAAAGUAAUAUGAAAAUGCUCGAAGCAGGGGUAUCACACAAUUUACGAAACGUCGUCCCUGAUAUGGUAGGAGAUUAUCCAAGAAUGAACAGGCUUCCCAAAGGCCAAGUUUCAAAGGAUAUUCUAUUCUUUUGCCGGCGAGUAUAUGAUUUCCGUCAAAAAAGGCUGUUAAAAAACCCAUAACAUAAACCGAAACCACCGUACGGUGGUAUAUACAAGAAGCAAACCCGUUUAUCAUAUAAAAUAUGAUGAUCAAUUGUGGCACAAGGCUGUGUGUCAUUUAGUCUACAUCUCAAGAGUUGUGUAUAGUGAUUUUGUUUAUCUAUAAAAAGAAUAUUUUUCACUGUUACUCCGAUAACAUGAAAAUUUGUAAAAUUGGGUUACAUUCCUAAAAAGAAGAAAAAGAUAAGAAAUAUAUAUAUUAUAUAUUAUAACGGUGUUAAAAGAAAUAAAAAAGUUAUAAACAUUAUUAACGAUAGAUGUAGUUUAUGUUUGCUUAUGAACUUCGCUUGUUGACCAAGUAAUGUUUUUUAUUCAAUUUUCCUUUCUUAUUUCAUUUUUAUUUUCUUAUAUAAAAUACCAAAAUGCCAAACCUGUAGGCAAAAAAUU